UGAAGGACCUCUUCAAGGGGAAGAAGGUCCUGACUAUGGGGUUGGACGUGAGCACACUGCUGCUCCCCUUUCAAAUGCUGCAUCCAAAUUUACCAUAAAGAAGAAACAGCAUUUCAGUUCACUCCACUGCUGGUUCUGUACUUACUCAGUUCACAUCAGUUUGGUGUGCUCAGAACUGGAGUCAGUGUUAAAGCUGGUUCAACUUUAGCAUCAUCCUGUAAGUUCAGUGGAUCCUACACAAAGCAAAGGACUGAGAAACCUUCAUCCUCUUCAUCAUGCCUACCAGCCUUCCACCACAAAAUCCUUCUCAUGUGGAAUCUAACAUAUCAUCUUUCUUGGCCUUCAUGGGACUAACCGCAAAAAACCUCACAGAUCCCCACCCCAGCAUCAUCUCUACUGCCUCCACAUACACUAAUACCACUGCUGACCCGGCUGUAGCCUUCAUCAAUGGCCUGCUGGACCGGAUACCCUUGCCUCGAUGGGCGAUUUACGCCAUCUUUGCGGUUGGCGGUCUGCUGAUUCUGCUCUGCUGCCUGUGUAUCUGCAUCAAGUGCUGCUGCAGAGGGAAGAAGAAGAAGAAGAAGAACGAGCAGAUCAAUCUGAAAGACGUGAAUGGGAAAACAACCACGGCCCUGGUUCAGCCAGAUGUGGCAGAUGUUGACUAUGGCUCAAACAAAAAGCAGAGAGGAAAGCUGCUCUACUCUCUGGAAUAUAAUGCCCCUCUCUCAGAGCUCAGACUGGGGAUCAAACAAGCCAGUAACCUGAUGGCCAUGGACCUCGGAGGAACCUCAGACCCGUACGUCAGAGUCUACAUCCUCCCUGAAAAGAGCAAAACCUACGAGACCAAAGUGUUCAAGAGCACACUGAACCCUGUCUUCAACGAGCAGUUCACCUUCGAGCUAUCCAAGUCUAUCCUCAUGAAGUCGACAGCUGUGAUGAAGGUGUUCGACUUUAACCGGUUCUCCAAACAUGAAAUCAUCGGCGAGAUCCGGGUGGAGCUCUGCAAGGUCGACUGGAACCACAUCAUCGAAGAGUGGCAGGAGCUGGACGCGCCCGCCAAAUUUGAGGAGGAAAAUCUAGGUGAGAUCUGCUUCUCCCUGCGCUAUGUUCCCUCUGCCAGCAAGCUAACGGUGAUAAUCCUGGAGGCCAAAAGCCUGAAGAGCAUGGACACUGGAGGAAGCUCAGAUCCUUAUGUGAAGGUGCAGCUGGCUCUGGACAAAAGGAAGUGGAAGAAAAGGAAGACGUCCAUUAAAAAGAAGACGCUGAAUCCUUAUUUCAAUGAAUCGUUUGUUUUUGACGUGUCACUGGAUCAAAUCCAGAGGGUGAACCUGGUGAUCUCGGUGUGGGACCACGACGCCGUGACCAGGAACGACCCCAUAGGGAAGAUCUACCUGGGCUGCGACGCCACGGGGAACCAGCUGAGGCACUGGGCCGACAUGCUGUCUAACCCGCGACGGCCGGUCGCCCAGUGGCACAGCCUGCUGUCGGCCGAGCAGGUCAACUCCACCCUGAGCCUGAAAAAGAAAAUCCCCAUCCCCAGCAAACUGAGGGAGAGCACUCAGCAGUGGCACUCCAAAUGAAACCAUCAAAAGAAAAAAGAGGAGAUUUAAAUAUUUUUCAUAAUUGUUUCUCCCUUCGUUCUUCUGAGAUGGAAAUGAUUGAAUUAGAUUACUUUGUAUUAUAUUGUAUAUUAAGAUGUGUAAUUAUUUUUUGCUAUCAAAUCAAAAAAAAAUGCUAAAUUAUAUUUUAUAAGUCAGAGCACUCCUUUAUAAACACAUUUUAUCUGCUGGUUUGUUUGUUGUACUCUCACACAGUAAGGUUCAUAAGUUUUUGGACACUUACAUACUGUGUAAUAUUACCUCUGUACACCCCCACAGCUUUAAUUUGAGGAAUUUAACAAAAGUAUUACACUGUUUAGGAAUUACAGUCAUGUUAUAGACAGCCACACAUUUUGUGUGUGCAAACUUCCUCACCCUGUGCAAAAAAUAAGCUUGCACACAAAAUCACCGUUAGAUUCAUGACACGUGAGCACUGUCAUACGUACGUCAGCGAAUCAGACUCAUUCUAAAUUCACGGGUUUGUGCUAACUGCCUGCAGUCUUUACACUAGCUGCAUACCACCACACUGAUCUCUUCAUAUACUGGAGGUGAAGUGGGGAGAGGGGUGAUGAUGCUGUAAGAGAGAAGCCUGCACUGCUAAAGGAGGAAAGCAGGAGAAAGUUCAAUGGAGGAAACUUAAAUAAUGGUGUCUGAGAAGAAAGCCAGAAAAGGCGCAGCUUUCCACAGUGUUUCCAGUGAAACACUGUGGAAAGUGAAAAGUGAUGCUGGAGCUGAAAUAACGACCACGCUGAAUAUUGUUUCCUUUGAGACACUCGCUGCAGCUCAGGUUUAAAAAAAAAAGAGACGAAUGAAGCCAAGAUGAACUUACAACAGAAUGAUGGGAAAAAAAUUUUGAGACCAAAAGGAGCAGCUCACGAUCUGAAGCACUCCACAACAUCUGCCAAACAUGGUGGAGCAGUGCUAUGAUGUGUGCACGUAUGGCUGCUAGUGAUUACUGAUGAUGUGACUGCUGAUAGAAGCAGCAGGACGACCUGUGGAGUGUAC